AUGGAGUACAAAUUAAGAACAGAAAAAUCAAACAUCACUACAAUGGUGGAAUUUAUCCUCUUGGGGUUUCCUGACAUUCCCAAUUCCCAAUGGAUUCUUUUUGGGAUAUUUUUAGUCCUCUAUCUGACCAUCGUGAUGUGCAAUAGUGUCAUUGUACCGAUAACAAGAAUUGACCCCGCUCUCCAGACCCCCAUGUACUUUUUCCUCAACCACUUUUCCAUUUUAGAAAUCUGUUAUGUAACUCUCACUAUCCCAAGAAUGCUCACAGACCUCCUGAGCCAGAAAGGGCACAUUUCUUUCAUUGCCUGUGCUACACAAAUGUGUUUGGUCCUUCUGCUUGGAGGUUUAGAGUGUCUCCUCCUGGCCGUGAUGGCCUACGACCGCUACGUGGCCAUCUGUAACCCUCUUCACUAUGGUCUGAUCAUGAGCCCCCAGGUCUGCGUCCAGCUGGUCACGGCCUCCUGGGUCAGUGGAGUUCCUGUUGUAACUGGGCAAACAUGGCAGGUUUUCUCUCUGCCCUUUUGCCAGACAUGCCAGAUUUUCUCUCUGCCCUUCUGUGGUUCUAACCUCAUCAACCACUUCUUCUGUGACAUCCCUCCCAUACUCAAGCUGGCCUGUGGGGACACUUUUCUGAAUGAAAUGUUGGUCUUCACAGUUGCUGUGCUGUUUGUUUUGAUUCCAUUUCUGUUGAUACUUGUCUCCUACGGCAAAAUCAUCUCCACAAUCCUUAAAUUGCCAUCAGCCACAAGUCGGGGCAAAGCCUUUUCUACCUGCUCAUCUCAUCUUAUGGUUGUGGCUUUGUUCUUCGGAUCAGCCAUUGUCACAUAUUUAAGACCCAAGAUGCAAGGCUCAGCAGAAACUGACAAAGUGCUUUCCCUCUUCUACACAAUUGUGACGCCUGUGUUUAACCCCGUGAUAUACAGUCUAAGGAACAAGGAUGUCAUGAUGGCCCUGAGAAAAUGGCCAGGUAAACACCUUAGAUCAUUGAAAAAGUGA